AAUGUUUGAAUAAGAUUAUUAUAAGAGAAUUAUUGACAAGCAAACAACUCCAAAUAAGUGUACAAUAAAUACUGCCAAGCCUUGGUUUCCACAAUUGAAACAUAGAUUGGCUGUAAAAGGUAUUAAAUAGUAGAAUAAUUUAGAUUACGAUUACAAGUUUUUUGUGUUGCCUCCAAAUAAAAUGGUGUCAUUAUUAAAGAAAUAAAAGAUUAAUGUACCAUCAGAUGAAUAGAUUAGAGAAUUUUUGAGAAAUCACUCUCUUAAACAUAUUGUUUAAUAUGAUACUGUAGACUUUAAAAACGUUGAUAAGAUUUGUGCAUCAAAUAGUCCUUCACCUUUGAUGAUAAAUAAAAAGAAUAGAAAACUAUUUAUGUAAUAAAAUCCAAAUACAAAUUACAAACUGAUUGAACCUAAACCGUAGACAGCCUAAAAAGCAUUUGAUAGACAAUCAUCAGUGUAGUAUAGUAGAGUACGAGAGUUAAAGUCAUAAUAAUUAGAGAUAAGACCUAAUCGGGAAAACAUGGAAAUAGAGGUGAAAGGUGGUUUGAAAAGGAAAUUGAGAAUACAUGAAAUUUCAGCUAAGUCUACUCCUAAUAUAGAUGCAACUAAUUUGAAAUUCUUUGCUUAAAGUAAUAGGAAACGUAAUAGAAGAAGAAUAGAACUUUUAAGACGUUCUUUGAAAAAGAUUAAACUUUUAGGAUUGUCUAUAGUUGAUGUGAUAUAGAAGUAAGUAUUUAGUAAGAAAGCAUUUUCGAGUUAAUUUUCUAAGGAAUUUAUAUUUGCAUCUAAAUAGAAUAGAUUAGAAUAGAUGUAAAGUUUUUUAUUAACUCAUCCUUAUUUGGUGUUUUAAUAUGAUUAUUAUAAUAUGACUGCUCUUCAUUGGGCAUGUAAAUAUGGAUAUUUAGAUAUGGUAAGAAUGUUAUUGCAUUAUCAUGCAGAUUUUGAUGCUUUAGAUUUGAUGAAUAGAACUCCAUUAAGUAUAGCUAUUACAGAAAAUCAUUAAGAGAUAGUUAAAUUAUUGCUUACUCAUGGUGCAUACCCUUGGAGUACUGGUUUAACAGAUUUGAAUGGUCCUUUGUAAAGGAAUCCAGAAUUAAAGAAAAUAGUUGGUUAAGCAAGAAAAAUAUAACUCUUUACUAAAUGGAGCAGACUAGAAUAGCCUACUUUGUGUAUUUAUUGA